AUGUCGAAAGCUGCUAAAGCUAAAAAAAAUGUACCUGUGGUUUCAAAGCUUGAAGCUGAUGCAAGAAAGGCAGCUGAGGGUGUUAAUGAUAAUGAAAGCGAAGAAUUCAAAAAAGCAAUGAGGAAGGAAGCCAGAGCUCUGGUUGAAUAGUUUAAUGAGGAAAAGAAGCUCUUGGCAUUUUAUUAGCAAGAAAGAUAAAAAAUAAACUACAAUUGGAUUAUUGCGAAGAAGGAACUUGAAGAUAAAAAGAGCGAAUUAAUCAAUAAAGAAAGAGAAAUCUAAGAUCUUCAAGAAAAUCAUUUCAUGACAUUAAAUGUUUAUAAAUAAAAAAUUAAACACUUGCUCUUUUAGAAUCAGGAUUAACAAAGCGAACUUAAAAAAGAUGUUGAAGUGACACUUAAGUAAUUAGAAGAUCAACAUAGAAUUAAAUCAAGAGAACUUAAAACUGACGUCCGCUCUCUUAAAGUCACUAAAAAAGAGUAAGAAAUAUCUUAGUAGGAUUACCUCUUUGCAUUAAAAUCUGAGCAUGACAAAUAAAUGACUCUCAUGCGUUAAGACUAUGAGAGACAAGUUAAUGAUAUCAAGAGAAAAUAUGACUUAAAAAUGUAAAAUUUAACUAAGGAAAUGGAAGAAGCUAGAGCAGCUAUGAUUAAGCAAUUGGAAGACAAUAAAAAUUAAAAGAUAGCAGAAAUUAUUAAGGAACACACACAGAAAUACAAUGAUAUUAAAAAUUAUUAUUCUGAAAUUACAGCAACAAACCUCGAUUACAGAAAAACAUUAAAAAAUGAAAUAAAGGAACUUCAAACCAAAGAUGAGGAAUACAAAAAGACUCUUCAAUAAACAGAGAAGGGAUACAAAGAAUUAAAUGAACCUCUUUAGGCUUUGGGAAUAGAGAUUAUAUAGCUGAAAAAAUAAGAUGAAGAGCAAGAAGCUAUCAUUAAAGAAAAGGAAGAACUUAAAUAGAAAAUUGAUAACUAAGAAAGACUUUUCAGAAAACUUGAAUACGAAUACGAAGUUAAACUUUAGUAAUUCUAGUACCUAGAAAGAGAAAGGAAUGCUCUUUAUGCUAAAUUUAAUUAAACUGUCUUCGAAAUACAUUAAAAAUCAGGAUUGGAAAACUUAAUCUUAGAAAAGAAAGUAACUAAUUUAAGAGAAGAUUUAGAAAUUAAAGACUUAUAAAUUCACCAAGUUUUAACAGCUGCUAACAUCGAUCCUAAUUCUGUUGGAUCUAUCAAUAAAAGUUUGGAAGAAGUUGAAUCACUUAAAAAUGAACUCAUUUCUGAAUUACAAGCACAAUUAAAAUAAAUCAGAAAAGCUCACUCACACAUGGUUAAGGCUUAUGAAGGAAAACUUUCUGAAUUCGUUAUACCUGUAGAAGAACUAGGUUUUGAUCCUUUAGUACCUACUAACACAGAUUGA